UUGCAUAUUUUAUCGUGAACCUUUUCAUGAAGUUGUGGGAACGAUAUUGUCCGAACUUUUUCUCCCUUUUGUAUCGUUACUCUUCUUGAAAACGAUUUCCAACGUUUUACAACUUGGAGAAGAAGUGUACCAGAUUGUUUUCUUUUUCUGCUAUCUUGCGUUUAUUGUGUUCUUCGAGACUGAUGAAAGAACAAUCAUGAAAGAUUCUCUGACCAUCAACGGAGUGAGGCUGCUCUAUGAAGGCAGCAAGAAUGACUCCAUAAAAGUUCAGGUUGUGUUCUCAAUGCUGUACGACCACCACUAUUAUGCCCGUCUAUCGGAUGGCGAGGCACUGUCACCCAUGGUGCGCUUCCCAAAGCAUUCCAAUCAGGACCCGCCUAUUUAUGUGGGUCAUGUGCUGCAAGUGAGCAAGUCCAAACUGGUGAAGAGCGACCCAACUCUGAAGAACGUGCUGGAUCUGCAAGUACCUUAUCUCAUGAUCCAAGGCUUCAAGGUGGUCGAGCAGACUGACAGCUUGUACGGAGCUGUGGCCCGUAACACUGCCUACUUUGCCAGCAUCAAGCACAUUUCUGUUGCCCUGGUGAAGUUUGAUCGUUCACUGAAGGCCUUCCUGGAGCGUGAGGAAAUUCGUGAUGCAGAACUGAGGUCGUCCGGAGACCAGAUGCGAGUGCGGGGCAACGCUCUCUUCAAGAAGGGGCUCUUCAGGGAGGCGGCAGCCUGCUAUGAGAGCGCAAGUCGUCAGCAGGUGUACGACGACCGCAUCUUCUCGAACCAGGCGCUGGUCUGCUUCCAGUUGGAGGAGUUCUCCAAGGCCUUGAUGCUCGCCAUGCACGCCAUCAAACUCAACCCGUUCAACAUCAAGGCAUACUACCGCGCCUGUCAGUGUCUGGAGGAGACCAAGGAACACUUCCAGUUGUUCGUCCAGAAGCGAGCGUGCCGGAUCGUGUGUGGCCCCACUGCUGAGAUGGACAAGUUCCCUGACCACAAUUUCACGACGCACAUUCCAUCGGAAAACACGGGUGGCGGUGGCCGAGCUCGUUCUCUGAGCGUCGUCAAAGGCAAAGAAAGUGCAGAGACGAAGAUGGCUGCUGCCGGCACCAGCUCCGCGGAUAAGAAAAAGAAAACCGAACUCUCAAAGGAUGUGUCAAAAGCAUCUGUGAAGAACAACGCAUCCAAUAAGGAGGCUACAGGCGUCGAAAAGAAGCAAGCAGAGGGGCUGGUGAACCAUCGUGGCAAGCACGAGCAGAAGCGCGUGUCGUUCAUGGCGUGCUUGUGUCUCGUCGAGUCCGGCGACAUCAAGAACUGCAUCGCUGCCAUAACUUUCCUCAAGUCCCUGCUGCCAUCAUCACCUGCUGCCACUUACCUCGCUGACGAUACUGACCUGCCACGUGCCCCUGUCUACUACCUCUUGACUGUCGCCUGCCACCGCACCUGGCAAUACGACAAAGUUACGUCUUUCGCUGCCCUGUUCAACCGCUGGCUGCAGAAAGAUAAGAGUAAACUGCCUCUGCUGCUGCCCCCUUACCUGGAGCCCAUCAGGCACACAGAAGUGUCUUUCCUCGAGACUUGGUACGCUGGCAAGCCCUGGCUGACGCAGGACGACUUCAUCGUGAUCUCGACGUGCCGCUACAGCGCGUGCGAGCAGCUCGCGGGCACCGGCCAUCACAAGCACAUCAUCCACAGUGACGGCCUAUACUCUGGUCACGUGGAGCUUGUUUGCGAAGAAAGCUGUCAUAUUUUUUACCACUUCUCGUGCUGGCGGGAAGUCAAAGACCAAAAGGCAUCUGAAGAUACUUUUGCUGUCAAUAAAAACAAAAUAAGUGAUAAGGAUUUUAUCAAUUUGGCUUGCUUGACGCCUGACUGCUCUGGAUGCAUUGAGUGCAUUACAAUAUACGACGAAAAUAGAUGCGUUUCUCAAGAGUUUAAAAAGGAGCGGCCUGAUUCUAACACUAAAGCAAAAAAGAAGAAAAAUAAGAAAAAGAAUCCACAGCAAAAUUCUCAAUACAAUAACAAGAAUAAGAAUGACUCAUCACAAAAGGACAAAACUGAGGCGCCCAACACUGAGAAUACGAGCAAUGAUGACGUGGCGCCAGCCCGUGACGCCUUUAUAAAGAAGAGUAAAGGAGUGAGCAAACCUGGCUCUUCUUUGCCUUUAGAUGAACUUGAUUUCGAAAACUGCAACAUCAAAGUGAUCAAACGCGGUCCUCUUGAAACCGAAGAAAGUUCGAUUAAACCUAAAAAGGAUAAGAAAAAGAAGCAGCAACGAGCUCUGGGCGUGGAGCGGAUAGUAGAUGAUGUAGCGGACGCGGAGACCUCCAGCGAGCAGAACGUUUAUGCCGCAAAAAUCCGGCAACUGCACGCGCAGAAGGAGGCGCUCGAGAGGAGCGCUGAGCACCCGAGCGAUGACAGUCAAGAUGAAGAAGAUGACGACGACUUUAAGAUUGAUCCUGAUAAGCCAUGUUAUAUGCCUUCUUUUCUUCAAUAUGACCGUGAUGUCGUCAAGGAACUCUUCCGUGACAAGAAGGAUCCGUGGCAGAGGUAUUCCUAUUCGCGUGAGCACAAUAUCCCAACGAUACAAAUGAUUGACGCUCUCAUAUCGUUCUUGAAAGACUUCAUCGAGGCCGAAGGACCUUUUGGCUUUGAAGAUCACGGCGAAUUAGACAAUUACAUCAAGGAGAACUUGCCCCAGGAAAGCCUGGACCUGAUCAGGCGGUACGGUGGAGUGAAAGAUUUUAUCAAUUGUGACGUUGAUUUCGUCAUCAUAGACGACUACGUGUACACUUACCAGCACGCUCUGCAUCUGCAGGAGAAGGUGUGCACAGGCGUCGUUGAGGCUUUCAAGGAAAACCCUCAAUACUGUAUCAGCGAUCAAUACCGCGCCAAAUCCUACUUAGAAGACUCUCCCGACUUGUGCUCCUCAAGUGACAUCUCCCCUGAACCUUUCACAAAGCCAACUAUUAUCAUUCCUCCCCGAGCUCCAGCCUCGCAUGUUCCUGCUGCUAGUCGAGACUCGAACAAGAUUUCCUCUGAAGCGAACUCGUCGAACACGGCGAGCAGUUCUCGCUCUACGUCGGUCUGCAGCAACAGGUCGAGCAAGACGAAGUCGUCAAGCUUGUGGCGUGACGGACCGUCGGCUCGACAGCAAUCUGAAUGUAGCUCGCUGGCUUUCGGAGACUUGCCUAACAAUGUCCAUGAAAAGAUGACAAACUCGGGCGAGCAGGGUAAUACGUGUGGACUGGACAGUGGCUUCCGCACCCUGUUUAACGGCGACGAUCGUUCAACCAAAGAGCGGCAGCUCGAAAAGCAGGUGGCGAAGCUGCAGCGAAAACUGGACGAGCUGCGCAAUAGCAAAAAUUUGGAGAUAACGCAUCUGCAGGAGAAGGUCUUGGACCUCAACACUAAGAUGAGUGUUGAAGUCUCUACUCUCAAGAAGCAGCUCGCUGAGGCAGAGGAAAUCGUUCAGUCGCGAAACAAGAUGACCGACAAGGCUAAAGCAGAAUCUUCUGCUGAACAACGUCGCCUUAACGCCGAGAAAAAGAAACUAGUUGAGGAACACAAGGUCCUUCUGACCAAGAGUAACGCCUUGGAGCUCAAUCUGGAUCGUCUCAAGGAUGAUAACCGCAUACUGGAGGAGGAACUCCAGGUCGCCAAGGCCACGGCGGCACGGCAGGCCGAGCAGUUGGCUAUGGUAGAGCAGUCGCUGACUAACGCGUCUGGCCGCUCUAAGACAGCAGAGUCUAGAUACGUGGCGCUCCGUUCUACCAUGAUACAGGAUAUCUUCGACAGGGUUAUCGCGUUCUACAUGUCGGCCAAUAACCGGCUGCUGGAGCUGCAGCGCCGGGCGUCUGCGGUGUCGGUACCGUCUGCUACUCAGCUUCAGCAGCAGUUCAUUGUUGUGCAGAACCACAUCCUCUACCUCGAUACCAAGAAGAAAAUUCUGCUGGGCCAAUCGCAAAACUUGCAGAAGAUGAUCAGCCUGGGGCGCCCUCUGAACGACAAGAUGCUCAGUGGCCUGGACCCCCUGCCUACCGACCUGCUCUGCUGUGACCUCACUCAUCUGCUCGCCCUCACGCAGGACGGGGUGGUGCUGAUGGCUCCAAGGACGUCUCCUUCCCUGCUUGACAGCCAACCUCAAGGCGUGCGACAGAGCAAUAUUCAAAAUGUUCUUCAGCAAGUGUCCCUCGCUCGCCAAUCGCCUAACAGUGAUACUAACGCUGCUUUUGCAGCUUCUGGUGCUGGCUUCAGCCUUGCUGCUCCCGUAAACAUUACAGUGCCCAGCCCCAUCUCUCGCACUGUUUUUUCUGAGACUACCGCGUCAAGGGCGGCUCCGGUCUCGGAAUCCCAGCACGCGGCGUAUGUCCGCACAGCAGGAGCCAGUGUUGCUGAUCGUCAAAUCACUGUGGGCACGCUGCCUCCGACCAUCACAGGCGAAGAGGUCAAGAAUCUCUUCUCCAAAUUUGGUGAAGUAGAAUCUGCUGUGAUGCUGCCUGCGCCUGGAGUUGCUUUGGUCACAUAUAAAUCAAAGCAAGUGUGCCUUAAGGUUCUGCAAACGCACAGCUCUGCGCCUGUGAUGUUCGGCUCGUCUAUUUUGGACAUCAGAUCUGCAGCCUCGAGUGCAUCAAGCCUCGCUCCACCAGCGCCCGCAAAGAUCUCUGUCGCUGAUGGAACUAGCGUAGCAUCAGGGUCGCUUUCUAACAGCUCAGCAAAAGAUAAAAUAUUUUCUCUUGAUGGCGAUGUAGACCCCACCGAGUUCACAAAAUCAAUGGUUACUGUAACUAAUUCGUUUGUGAACUUGAGAAUGUUUUAUCCGGAGAGUUCGGAAUAUUCUGCUCCAGAUAAUAAGGUGGAUUAUAGCACACCGAAGGUUGUUCUUGAACAGCGUCCAACGUCAACGAUGUCUUCAAUACCGGCCAUGCCGCAGAAGGAUGCGGAUGCUUCCAAUGAUCUUGUCAAGCUUGUAAACGACGUGAAGGCCAAGAACGGUAAUCUUGUGGCGCCCCCUGCCAGUGCACAGACGCCCUUGACGAGCGUUGCUUCGUCGCGAGGGAAGCCCACCACGGCUGCCCAGUCUUCGCACAAUCAUUCCCAGCUCUCUCAGUUUGGGGCGAUACCUAACGCUCUUCAGAACACUGCGGCUGCUGCUUCUGCUGCUCCACCCGUCCAAAAGUUUACUGCGCCUCCCCGCGCUGCUUCUGCAUCAAAGGUCCCCGAUGUGUCUGUCAAGCGCAGCCACGAGCGUCUCGCCGACAUCUGUCAAGCGCAGUUCGGGCCUGACUAUUCAAGGGAAUCGAUAUUGAGCGCCAUCUCGGAGGUGCGCCAGAGCAACAACAACCGCCUGUCCGGCCUGGCGGAGGACGUCAUCAUUAAGCGUGUCCGGCAGCUCGUGAAGCCUGGCCGCCCUAAGGGCAACCUUACGCCCAUCGCGCCCUGGGCCAACGCCACCACGCCCCAGCAGAAGCCACUCGCAGCCCACGUCAAGAAGAGCGUCAAAGACAUGAAAGAUGAGGACUGUUGCAUCUGCUUCAGUGUCAUGAACCAGCCCGACCAGGUGACCAAGCUCGAGUGUAAUCACUUCUUCCACUCCAAGUGCAUCAACGACUGGUUCCGUACGAAGCGCGAGUGUCCGCUCUGCCGCACCCACAGCGUCGACAAUCAGGAGUAUCCACCGCUCAGCGGGGCGCGUCUCAAACAUUAACUAACGUUCAGAAGUAUCCACAGCUCAGCGGGGCGCGUCUCAAACAUUAACUAACGUUCAGGAGUAUCCACCGCUCAGCGGGGCGCGUCUCAAACAUUAACCAACGUUCAGGAGUAUCCACAGCUCAGCGGGGCGCGUCUCAAACAUUAACCAACGUUCAGGAGUAUCCACCGCUCAGUGGGGCGCGUCUCAAACAUUAACCAGCAUCUCGCCUCAACGAUUAUUUAACGUUCCGCCUCUAACAUAAAUCAAUUCUGUAUCUCUAAUUUUGUUUCGAUGUCACCAUCAUUUAUUUUUCAACGUCGUGGUUCCCUUUAAAUUUAAUACGGAAUGUUGGUGUCGAACAUGGCGCAUCAGUCGGUAUUGGUGAUGACAAUGUUGAAAUCUGGACGCACUCUUGACUGUCGGAAGUUUGAUUAGAUUAGUGCUUGUCGUGUGAUUUUGAAUCGAUGCUUGUGAAGAAGAAUGAUGCUCAAGUAUCAUGCCGAUGACAUUUACGAAUCGAGAAAGGAUUUGCCGCACGGUAAAUACAUUCAGAACCGGUUUUUCAAAUUUCAGGAACAGUGGCCUCGUAAAAUGUAUUUUUUCUAACUUAAUUCCCAUUAUCAUUUGUUACUACGUUCGCUAACCUGUUUAAGAAAACACUCCAUUUGUGGUUUCUAAAAAAGUCACUCUUGCAUUUGACCGCCAGUUUUGUAUUGACAUCCUCGCAGCUGAACGAGCGCGUUCAGUUUUUGCUUUGCUCAUCGCUGUCAUUUUUCUCUUCUCCAACUAGCAUCACUUUUGCUUAUUGACACUUCAAUGUGUUGCUUCUCCUUCUUCUGAUUGCUUACUCGCUUGCCGUAGACAUCCAUCUCCAUGACUUUAUUUUUACGUUAUAUUUUCUUAUUAUCGAUAGCCAUUUCGAUUGCCUUUUUAUAUCUAUAAUAAUAUAGGAAGAGAAUCUUUGCAAGUAGAUGUUUUCUCGAGAGCGUUCAUUGAAAGUUGUAUUGCGAACUGCCUCAGAUAAGCCAUUCCACGUCUAUCGGACAGGUAUUGUCCUAAUAGCUCAGUUUUUGCAUGUACCAUAGAUGGAAUUCAUGCAAAUCCGACGCAACAAAUUUGUGGUAAAAUCUUUUAUUUUCUUUUUAAAUUAAUUUUUAUUAACUCUGAAGAAGAGAGCAAUAAGUUUUGUCAUGCUACGGGACCGUAUUUUUUCCUCACGGAGAGUUCUUAUUAUCCUGACCACAUUCAUCCUAAUUAAUUGUUGUUGCGGUAGUGGCAGUUUCCUAUUGUUUUGAUGCACCGUUUCAAGGACUUGGCUAAAGUACAUGCUCCUGUGUUACUAUUUGCAUUGACUGUGGCUACUGGCUUGCUUCGUUAAAUUUAAUAUCGGAUACACUUGUUCUUACUUAUCCGGAAAUACCAUUAAAAAUUGAAAUUAAAAAUUGAUUUCAAAUGUUCCAUCGGAUAGAAUUUUGCAAGUGCAUGUUCGCCUUUCUCAGUAGUACGGAGAUGAUUUCAAAGACUGAAGGGUAAACUUGAACGUUCUGUUUACCGCUCAUAGUUGAACUGCCUGAAUCGUGUUGAAUCAAGACUGUGCAGUGGCUAAGGCUAUUCCUGCUCCCCAAACAAUUAGUUAAUGAUACUUCUGUUCUGCAGGCAGAUGUAGGAUAGUAAAUAUGUCCAUCAGGUUUCUAAUAUACUGUGAAUAUCACAAUGUUUGAUGCGUCUUCUUUAGCGCGGUGGGCUUCUCUUGCCUAAAGCUUGCUGAGCGAGACUCGAUCAGAGCCUCACAGGUCGGGCGCGUCGCUCUCUUCAUAAAUUGUCAUUUUCUGGUGACUUUUCGUACUGCAACAGGAUGAAUAUUUACAAAUUACAAUACACUAGGAUUCAUGGGAAACACGAGGUCGUGAAUCAGUCCUGAAUUCUUUGGUCUUCAAAAUAAGCGAUAUACACCAUGUCCUACUCUCUAAAGGUUCAUUUCUAUUUACAUUAGUAGUUGCUAACGCGUGCUGUGUUCCUGCUAUUUAAUUUUAUUUCAUAAAAUUCCUCCGACUU